AUGGAGGAGAUGGAUCUUUCAGACCGGAAUUUUAAGCCGUGUCCCUGUGGAUAUCAAGUAUGUCGUUUUUGCUGGAACCAUAUACGAAAGGACCUUAAUGGACGAUGCCCAGCAUGCAGGAGGCCCUAUUCAGAAGAAACAAUUGAAUUUAAGCCGCUUACGGCAGAAGAGUGGAAAAUGAGUCAGCACCGCAAGAAUCAGCGGAAACAGAAAGAUCGGGAGCGUAAAGAACAGGAAACGAUAAGCAGAAAACAUCUUGCAAAUAUGCGAGUUGUUCAAAAAAACCUGGUUUAUGUGAUUGGGCUUUCACCCAAAACAGCAAAUGAGGAACUUCUUCAAACAUUACGUGGUCAUGAUUAUUUUGGGCAAUAUGGAAAGAUUCAGAAGAUUGUCAUUAAUAAAAAAAAUGCAUCACAUCCGAAUGGUUCAGGGAGCCUUGGGGUUUAUAUUACAUACUAUAGGAAAGAAGAUGCGGCAAAAGCGAUUGCAGCUGUUGACGGGAGUCUUAAUGAUGGAAGAAUUUUACGAGCGUCUUAUGGGACAACAAAAUAUUGUUCUACAUAUCUUCGUAAUCAACCAUGUCCAAAUCCGAAUUGUAUGUACUUGCAUGAGCCUGGCGAGGAUGCAGAUAGCUUUACUCGUGAAGAUCUUUCGACUUUGUAUGUUGAAACAUUUUUUAAUACAUGUUACUUAUUUCAAAAUAGUCAAUACACAACCAAGUCUGCUCAGCUUACAUCGCCUAAAGAUGUAAAUACAUCUGCAUCUACACAUUCUUCAAAGAUAACAGAGGCCGUUCCUUCUAAUGACUUGUUUACAUCUAACGAAAACGAAGGAUCUGCUUUACCUCCUACUGUUUCAUGGGCUACUAAAAACCAGCCAUCCCAAACACCAUUAUUAUCAAAAUCGUUGAUAUCACCAAAUAUAACAUCCAUAGACGGAAUCACAUCUCAAAAAGUAGUCCCACAACCUAUACAACAUACCUCUGCAGCUGUUAAUUUAACUAAAUCAUCGAAAGCAGAUACAACAGUUUUUCUUGAUAAAAUUCUUGAUCAUCUAUGUUCAGGUCAUUUUAAAUUUAUUUUUUCUUCAACAAUUUUGUCUCCUGAAGAUUUACAAGCAGCCCAAACAAUGCUUCCACUUUUUACGUUUAAUCAUGAAAAUUUUACAAAAAAGUCUGAAUCAGACAUUCGAUUUCAAGAAGGAAAUACAGGAGCUAAUGCUAAAUUCCGAGGAUCGACUUGGCCAUAUAAUUCAUCUGUUACAACUGAAGAGAAUCCUUAUAAACGACAAGUAUUUCGUCAUGAUUUAUAUAGUGAAGAAGGAAAUAGUCGAGUGCCUCAAGAAUCACGGAAAAACUCUCAAAGAUUCUAUCAAGGACUUACACCUUCUCUUUCCCCAAGAACAAAUUCAACAUCAAUGUUAUAUUCUACACGGAAUGUAAUACCUUUAACUAAUGAGGCUAAUUUUGGAACUUCGAACACUGAAGUUGCUACAAAAACUUCUACACCUCCUGGAAUAUAUACUCAAGGGAUGUAUUAUCAUAAUUAUGUUAAAACAAAAGAACAAGAUUCAAAAUUCAUAAAUACACCACAUGAAUACCUUAACAAUUUAGGAAGACAGAACACAUCUUUAGGAUCUUUGUAUCAUGAUCAUGGCAUUCAUUCACUUCAAACAAGAAUUGCUGAUACAAAAAUUAUAAAUUAA